AUGGUUUCGGGCGUGCUGGCGCACCCCCUGGCAGCAGCAGCUGCCGCCCUUCAACAGCAGCUGGCGGCUGCGGUACAGCUGCCAGAAGCCGACCGCGCUUUCCUGCCGCUGGAUGCGGCAGGUGCGCAGCAGCUGCAGCCGUACAUGCUGGCAGCAGGGCUGAGAGCCGACGGCGACGCCAGCAGUGCUAGCGCCAGCCUGCAGCAGCUGUGGCAGCAGGUGAUGGAGGUCAGUGGCAAGGUGGCCGCGCUGUGGCAUGCUGUGCACGCAGCCGUGGAGCUGCGCUCGGUGGCGGCAGCGGCAGACGAGGCGGUGGCGGACGGCAGCGCCACGCUGCUGCAGCUCUCGUGCUGGCGGCACCAGCGACCCAAGGAGCGGGCGCGCAAGGCAGCAGUACAUCCCACCGUGGACUGGCUGUACGCUGUACUGCUGGCGGUACAGAUGCUGGAGGAGGCGCUGCUGGUGCCUGGCAGCGCCCAGUACUCAGGCCCGCCCUGGGGCAGCGGCGUGGCCAACAAGCUGCGUGCUGCCCAGCAGUGGCGCUGGGCGCUGCUGCGUGCUCUGCACCACGAGUGCGAGUCCCGGCAGCCGGCAGCGCUGCCGCAUCACUACGAGCAGCUGCUGUUUGGCUGGAUGCGCCUGCGUAAGGCAGUGGCGGCGCUGCUCGCGGCAGCUGGAGCGCGGGAUGAGGCUCGUGAGCAGGAGGGUGGAUGGGCGGAUGCACGUCAGCGCUGGGCGGCAGCUGCGGAGCAGCUGGACGUUGCGGCCGGCAUCGCUGCUGGCGCCCCACCUCCCAAGCCGCUGCUGUGGAAGCACGGCGGCCGGCCGCUGCUGCCGCGCUCAGAGGCUCUCAGCACUGCCUACUGCCAGCUGCUGGCGCUCUGUGAUGCCAGCAGGGUGGGUGUGGACGGCUUUGCGGCGGACCACCGUGGCCAGCCGGCAGCCCUGUCUGCUGCUGGCAUCCACCUGCCUCUGCUGGAUCUGGAGAUCGCCGAGCAGGAGCUGCAGCCGCCGCCGCAGCAGCCGCAGCAGCGGCUGGGGGCAGAGGAGCGCAGCCUAGUGGCGGCUGCUGCGGCGGCAGAGGUGGCAGCAGACCCAGCUGUGCGGGGUGCGCUGCUGGAGGGGCUGUGCCUGUUUGUGUCUGGCGCACUGCUUGCCCAGCCGCCGGGGCAGCCGGUGCCAGCUGAUGGCUCCAGCGAGGAGGCGCAGCUGGAGGCGGUGCUGCCGCUGCUGCGAGGCAAGGUCCAGCAGCGGGCAGAGGCGGCGGCAGCGGCGGCAGCGGCCCUGCUGCAGACGCGCGUGGCCCUGCCUGCGCUUGGGGAGGAGGACGAUGAUGAAGACAUGGACGGUCUGGCUGCUGCGGGCGACGGCGGGGCCAGGGGAGAGCAGCGGGGCGUGCUGGUGCCUGUGGCACUGCUGACCUCUGGCGACGAGCCGGAUGGUGCCGGGCUGCUGCCCACCGCUCUGCCAGCAGAGCUGCUGCAGUUCCCAAGCUGUCGCCAGCUGCAGCUGCAGCUGCUGGCCCUCCAGGAUGCGCAGCUCAGCCGCAGCCAGCUGCAGCUGCUGGCUACAGGCGGCCUGCUGCGCCUGCUGCUGCUGGGCCAGGGCAGCAGCACAGUGGAGCAGCAGCAGGCGACCCCCGCCACCCUGCCUGGCACCUUGCGCCGGCUGGUGGCAGCCAUGAGCGGCAGCGGUGCCAGCAGCGUGGCCGACACGGCCUCCUACCAGCUGCUGCUCUGGCUGCUGGAAGCGGAGCAGCAGCAGCCUGGGGCUAGCGCUGGCGAGUGGCAGCAGCUGCUGCGGCGCUCGCUGGUUCAUGAGACGUGGUGGCGAUGGCAGCAGGGCCUGUGGAGUGGUGCUGCCGCUGCGCUGCCAGCCACGCAUGCCGGUGCUGUGGCAGCGACGGUGCAGCAGCAGUGGGCGGCGGCGGCAGCGGGCCCGCUGCGCAUGCACAUUGGUGCGGGUACAGUGCUGGCCAGCGCUGUGACUGUGGGCCCGGCCACCCUGAUAGCAGACCGCUCAGCCCGCCUGCUGCAGCUGAAGUUUGCUGCUCGGCAGCUGCGCACAGCCGCGGCAGCCGGCGAGGGCAGCAGCACGCAGCAGCCGUCUGCGGCAGCGGCAGCAGAGUGGGCGGCAGCAGCGGCGACAGCAGCUGCCACCAUUGCCGCCCAUCUGCCCAGCGUCCCCGCCCAGCAUCAGCGCCUGCAGGUGGAGGCCGCACUCGGCUGGCUGGCAGGAGAGCGCUGCACAGCCCCUGCUGCUGCCCAAGCGCAGCAGCAGGCACAGCAGGAUGCCCAGCUGCUGGCGCUGGUCGGCGACGCUCUGGCCAGCAGCAGCCACCCUGUGCUCCGGGAUCUGCUGCAGCCCGUGCUGCUGCCUGCCCUGGAGGGUCUGCUGAAUGGGAUCAUCGCAGCGCCAACCAUGAGCACCCAAGAGGGCCUGCUGGCACGCGGCCGCGUGUGGGCUCUGCUGGCCCUCCUGCGCCUGCACCUGCUGCUGCCCCCUGUGGGCGCCGACCCGGCAGCCAAGUACGGCUUGGUGCGGCAGCACACGCUGAGCCUGCUGCGGUGCCAGGUGGAGCCUGAGCUGGCGGUGCGGAGGCAGCAUGCAGCCUUGCCAGGUGGCCCCGACGAGUCGGCACGCAUUGCUGAGCUGGAGGCACGCUGCCAGGAGCUGGAGCAGGCGGCAGAGCGGCUGCAGAGGCGCAGCACGCCCCGCCCCACGCCCCCGCAGUACCUCACACUGCGUGAUGACGUGGCACGAUUCACGGCCAGCUUUGGCUCCGUGCCGCGCGUGCUGGGGACCUUUAGUUCUAACGCCGAGGAGGCCGCUGCCGGUGCGACCCAGGCGGCUGUGUGGCAGCAGAAUGCGGCGGCGUGGGCAGAGCGACUGGGUCGCCAGUAUCCUCUGUACCGUGAUGUGGCACAGCCGAUACAGUUGGCAGUACAGGAGCUGCGGUACGGCCUGGCGCUGAUGGCUGGCAGCACCGCCUUGGCAGAAGCUGCCCCAGCCAGCCAGCUGGCCCCAGUGCUGGCCCGUCUCAUGGCGUUCCCUCGUGCUGCUGCUGCUGCUUCUGGCAACGGUUUCCCUGCGGCGGUCCAGCUGGACAGCCCAGCUGUUCAGCAAGCAGUGGCGGAUGCUGCAGCAGCUGCGGCGUCGGAGGCCCGCAGCCAAGCUGCUGCUGCUGCUGCCAUUGCGCCAGGCGGCGACGUGGCAGAGCAGGCAAAGCGUGGCGCAUAUGCCGCUUCCAUGUCGGCCCGCCUGCAGCUGCUGCGGUGCUCGCUCAGCGCUGCCGCCAGGGAUGCCGAAGCGGCACGGCUGGGCUCUGGCGGCGGCGCUGGGGCCCAAGCCUCUGCUGCCGCGGUGGCAGCUGCGCAGCAGCGGCUGCAUGCCAUCUUUGGCGAGUUUGUGGGGGCGUGGGAGGAUGUGAAGGCGGAGGAGGAGCGGCGCGCGGCGGCAGAGGCGGAGGUGUUCAAGCACAAGGCUCGCUCCACCGACAUUGCCAGCGAGGAGCAGGAGGACGAGGAGGAUUACCAGCGCCGCUUCCCCGACCAGUUCGCUCACUUUGCUGACCUGGCGCCAGACGAGCAGCCCGACACGCUGGCAGGCGCCAGCGAGGCGGCCGCUGCGGGCGCCGUGGCCGCCGCUGCGGCAGCUGCUUCCGGCCGGCAGCAGGACAGGGAAGAGCAGCUGCAGGGGGCCGCCGUGCUGUCGGUCAGGGAGCUUGUGCUGGGGGGUGUUCUGCAGGAGCUGGUGGCAGUGCAUGCCUCCAGCUUUGGCAGCCCCUCGAGCGAGGCACCGGCAGAUGGCGCAGGCAGGCAUGGCACCAACACCCCGGCAGCAGACUUCCUGCGCUCUUAUGAGCUGGGGGUGCAGCUGCUGCGUGCGGCGGGGCUGGUGGUCCCGGCAGGCGUGGACGCCGCCACCGGCACCGGCCACCUGUACGCCGCCUGCUGCCGCUUCCGCCAGCUGGCGCAGCCGGCGCCCGCCAGGCUGGAUACGGGCGCCACCGCGGGGGUGGACAUCCAGGCGGCCUGCGUGGAGGAGGCUGUGCUGGUGCAGCAGCCGGCGCUGGCCCUGCGCCACCGCCUGUGCCAGCUGCUGGAGGAGUGGCCUGAGCACCCGGGACUGCUGCAGGCGAGCAGCUGCAGCCCCCAGCCCCCAGACUGCCCUGCCCUGUCUGCUGUGAUUGACCGGCUGCUGAGCAUGCCGGUCACCGCGCCGCUCAAGGCGAUGCUGACGGGCGUGGAGCUGCUUCUGGCCAAGGCGCAGCAGUGGGAGGAGACAGCCGCCCGCCACGUGUCGCUGGCCCCCCAGCUGGCCCCGCUGUCGGCGCUGGCCACGCGCUGGCGCCGGCUGGAGCUGGGGGCGUGGCGGGGGCUGCUGGACUCCACACGGGAGCGCGCCGCGGCAGUGGCGCAUCAGGCCUGGUUCCACCUGUACCGCAUCCUGCUGACCGCUGAUGACCUGGCGGCUGCUGAUGUGGCGCCCACUGUUGAGCAGUUCAUGCAGGCAAGUUCCUCCCCUCUGGGCGAGUUUGGCUCACGCCUGGCGCUGCUGGAAGCCUUCCGCCGCCAGCUGGCCGCCAUGUCAGCGUCCGGAAGUGCCAGCUCAGCACCGGUGCCACCAGACGACGGUCCUGCACAUCAUGGUGGUCAGGAGCAGCAGCAGCGGCGCUGGCGCCAGCUCAGCGCCGUGCUAUUCAAUGUGGUGCGCUACUACCGCCAGUUUGAGGCUGCGGUGCAGCGCCAGGUGGCGGCAGGGAUGGCGGAGCUGGAGAAGGCGCUGCAGGACUUUGUGGCUCUGGCCAAGUGGGAGGACCGUGGCUACUAUGCGCUCAGGGUGAGCAACGAGAAGGCGCAGCGCCAGCUGCACCGCCUCACCCGCCGGGCCAGCCAGCUUCUGCGCGAGCCUGCCACGGCGGCUCUGGCGGCGGCCGCCAAGGCCAUGGGCUUCGCGGACCUGCAGCUGCAGCAGCAGGAGCAGCAGGCAGCGCAGGCCGAAGCCGCGGCAGCCGCGGCGGGGGCGGCGGGCAAGAAGCGCCGGAGGAGCAAGAAGGCUGCCGAGGCGGCUGCGGUGGCUGCCGAGGCGGCAGCAGAGGCUGAGCGCGGCCUCGCCGAACCGGUGGUGGCAGCUGCCGCCAUGGCUGCUGCCAGCACCGCAGCUGUGCAGCAGCUGGCCAGCGCCGGCAUCCAGCAGGAGUCGGCGGCUGCCCCAGCAGUGGUUGCGGGCAGCAAGUAUGCCGGGCAGCUGCCGCGCCUGACGCGCCGCUUUGCAGAGGUGGCCGCCUCGGCGGUGGGCUCUGAGGAUGCUGCCGCGGGCGCUGCCGCCGUGGACGACUUGGCGGGGGAGGCAGCCGGGCGCGCUUUGGAGCUACGCACCGAUGUGGCAAAGGGCGCAAAGGCACGCAAGAAGAAGGCUCUUACUGACCUGUUCCGGGCGCUAGCGGCGGCGGGGGUGAGCCGGCGCCGCACGGCGGUGCCUGCCGCCCAGCGCGGCAGCCAGGCCUGGUUUGUGCAGCAGGCCGCCGACCCGGCGCCGCUGCUGGGAGCAGCUCCGGGUGACUCGUCAGGCCCAGCAACAGGCGGGGCGCUGGCGGCGGCGUGGCCGGGGCAGGAGCAGCAGGCUGCUGCGGCACAGCGGUGCUGGGCAAAGGCGGAUCGCUACUACUUUGCCAGCAUGGCGCGGCUGCAGAGGCUGUGGGAGGCGGCCAAGCAGCCGCAUGGCGACCUGUCUGGCGCGGAGGUGGAGGGCAGCGUGCGCAGCGUGGAGCACCUGCUGUGGCUGACGCAGCGCACCAGGUCCACGCUGGGCACGCUGAGCGACAGCUACCGCCAGCUCAGCACGCUGCACGCAGCCCUGAGUGCACUGGCCGCCGGCGGUGAUGCCGGCAGCCCCGAGGAGCGGCAGGGAGCAGAGGGAGGGUCAGCCCUGGUGCCUCCGCAGGAGCGAUGCGGGGCAUGGUACCAGGCGCAGCGGCGCACGCUGGCCUUGCUGUUGCAUCAGGCAGAAGAGACUGCUGAGCUGCUGGCGGCGGCAGCUGCCACCGAGACGGCGGCUGCGCCGCGCAAGCAGCUGCAGCAGGGCGGGCAGCAGGCGGCCGCAGCCGCAGCAGCGGUGCGUGGGUGCGCCAACCGGCUGGCGGCUGCAACCCAAGGCGCGGUGGCGCUGCCGGCUGGUGGUGACCCAGUUGGACGUCUGUUCUUGCCAGGCAGCGUGCUGGCAGCCCUGCAGGCCAAUGCAGCGGCACUGCGGUCGCUUCACCAGGAUCUGGAGGCAGCCACGGCGACGCAGGCAGAGCAGCUGCCUGGCUGGUCUGGCCUGACUGCCGCUGUGGCGGAGGCUGCGCGCCAGUCGGCCGCCGCCGGCGCAGAGCUGCACUCUGGCACAUCAGUCUCUGCUUCAGUGCCAGCCGAACAGCAGCUGGCUGAGCAUCUGGAGUCAGCGGUAGCAGCUGCUCUGAUCUGGGCACAGAACGCCAGGCCAGCGGCAGCGGCAGCCGAGAGCUAUGUGCAGCAGGAGGCAGAGGAGGCGGAAGCGGAGGUGGAGCAGGUGCCGCUGCCUGAGCUGGUGCAGCGGUUGGAGCAGCGCCUGUGCCUGCACAAGGCCGAAGAGCUGUCCUCCCACACGGCGGCGGUUCUGGCGGCAGUGGCUGCCGCCAGCGACCUGCCUCCCAGCGCUGCUGCCCGCGAGAAGCUGGCGCAGCUGGCGGGAGCCGCGGCGGGCCUGGCGCCGCUGCUGGGCCUGCUGCUGUGUGCGCUGCGCCAGCUGGGCCUGCAGUACCUGGCGGUACACAAGGCGGCUGCCAAGCUGUGCUACAUCUCCGCCUCCCUCUUUGCCGGCGUGGUGCAAGAGGGCUUCUGCAUGCCGGAGGGGACCGAAGGCGAGGCGGAGGAGGGAGGCGAUGGUAAGACCAUUGACGGCACCGGGCUGGGCGAGGGCGACACCACCGGCGCCAAGGACAUCUCAAACGAGCUGGAAGACCAGGACCAGCUGCUGGGGGCCAAGCAGAAGGACGCAGAGGAGCAACAGAAGGAGCAGGAGGAGAAGCUGGGCCCGCAGGAGGAACAGAAGCAGCAGCAGGGAGUGGAGAUGGAUGACGACUUUGAGGGCGCUCUGGAGGAUGUGCAGCAGGAUGAGCAGCAGUCCGGUGGUGAGUCUGGUGACGAAGAGGAAGGAGAGGAGCGGGUGGAUCAGCAGAUGGGCGAGGCGGGGCCGGAGGGUGAGGAUGUGGAUGAGCGGCUGUGGAACGAGGAAGACAAGGAGCAGGAGCAGCAGGGCCAGGAGCAGGAGGGCGCCGAUGACCGCUCGCUGCAGGUUGGGGACAAGUCCCAGCUGGAUUAUGCAGCGGGCGGCGAGGAGGACGAGGAGCAGGCGCAGGAGGAUGAGGGGAAGGAGGGGCAGCAGCCGCAGGCUCAAGAGGGAGGGGCGGAGGAGGAGCAGCCGCAGCCGCAGGCCGGCGUCGAGGAGGAGCAGGAGGAGGAGGAGGCUGGGGACUAUCAGGACAGGCCCGAGGACCGUGGGCAUGUGCAGCCCGAGGGCGCGGAGCCGGACUUUGAGCUGCCCGAGGAUCUCAACCUGGAUGGCGGCGAGGAGGGCGCCGGCGAGCAGGAGGAGGAGGAGCAGGCUGGCGACAUGGAUGCCGAGGAGCAGCAGCAGCCUCAGGAGCAGGGCGGCACAUUCCCAGAGCAGCAGCAGGCCGAGGAGGAGCGGCAGGGAGAGGAGGGGCCGGCAGCAGACGAGGACAUGGAGGAGGCAGCGGGUGGCGGUGGCGACGGCGAGGAGCAGCAGCAGCCUGAGGCAGAGGCGGGGCAGCUGCAGGCGGGUGAGGCUGAGGGCAUGGAUGCCGAGGAGGAGCAGGAGGAGGAGGAGGAGGAGCAGGAAGGGCCGGUGGCGCCAGAUGUGUCCAAGGCAGACGGCGAGGAGCAGCAGCAGGAGGAGCAGCAGCAGGCAGAGGCGGGGCCGCUGGGCCUCCCUUCUGCUGCUGCCGCUGCCGCCGCCGCCGAUCGAGGCACCGGAGCUGCGGAGCAGCAGGAGGAGGAGCAGCAGCAGGAGCAGCAGGAGCACGCGAGCGCCCAAGAAGCAGCAACAGCAGCACCUGCCAGCGGAGCAGAGCCUCCGCCGGACGCAUCCGGCAGUGCUGUCGGCGCCUCGGAUGGUCUGCAAGACGACCCGGCCGCCUCUGCUGCUGCCGCCGCUGGCCGCCACCAGCAGCAGCGGCAGAAGCAGGCGCAGCAGCCCCAGUCGGAUGCCAACCCCUUCCGCAACCUAGGCAACGCCAUGGAGCGCUGGCGCGCUCGCCUCAACAUUGCGGCGGAUGCCCCCGAGCAGCAGCAGCCCGGCCAGGAGGCAGAGGCUGCGGCUGCUGAGCAGAUGGAGGCUGAGCAGCAGCAGACUGAAGAAGCCGCCGCAGCCGCAGAGUACCGCUUCCUGGGGCAGCAGGAGCAGCAGCAGGCGGGCGAUGCGCAGGCGCUGGCCCCGGCCACAGAGGACCAGGCAGCUGCGCAGCGGCCGCAGCAGGACGAGGAGCAGGCCGGCGAGGGCGGCGGCAAUGAUGUGGCUGCUGGGGAGGAGGAGCGGGGCGAGGAUGAGGAGGCGAUGGACGCCGAUGAGAAGCUGCGGGGCGACCAGCAGCAGCAGCAGCAGCUGAUGAGCGGGACGGCCAACUGGGGCGCUGGCGCGGACCGCAAGGCGGGGCUCGAGGCGGGGGAUGGGGCGCAGGAUGAGGCGCAGCAGGAGCAGGAUGGGGUGGGUGAGGAGGCUGAGGAGCGGCAGCAGGAGGGCGAGGGAGUGGAUGGCGAGGCUGGACAGCAGGCGGCAGAUGAGAGCUACGUGGCGGCGCGCCUGCUGGCAGCCAGCCUGGAGGACGGCGCCCCCGCGGAGGAGUGGGCUCUGGCCGGGCUGAGCGAGGAGGCGGCGGCUGCGCUGCGGGAGCAGCUGGAUGCGCGCCUGCAAGGCGCCAGCGAGGGCUCCGCGCCGCUGCCCGACGCCGCGGCGGAGGCGCACGGGCGGGAGGUGUGGGCGCGGUGCGAGGCGCUGACGGCGGGGCUGGUGGGUGAGCUGGCGGAGCAGCUGCGCCUGAUCCUGGAGCCCACCCUGGCCAGCCGGCUGGCGGGGGACUACCGCUCCGGCAAGCGCAUCAACAUGAAGAAGGUGAUUGGCUACAUCGCCAGCCACUUCCGCAAGGACAAGAUCUGGAUGCGGCGCACGCGGCCCGACAAGCGCAAGUAUCAGGUGGUGGUGGCUGUGGACGACUCCCGCUCCAUGGCGGAGACGGGGUGCGGCGGCUUUGCCCUGGAGGCGCUCACGCUCAUCUGCCGAGCCAUGGCGCGCCUGGAGGUGGGCGAGCUGGGCGUGGUCAGCUUUGGCGGCGGCGGCGGCGCCGUGCCGCUGCACCCGCUGGACCGCCCCUUCACCGACGCAGACGGCGUGCGGAUGCGUUUCGACCAGGACAACACGCUGAGCGACCGCCCCAUGGUGGACGUCAUCACCAGCCUGGACCACAUGCUGGCCACGGCGGCCGCGCGCGCCGGCGCCAGCACCGCCGGCGCCUCGCUGCAGCAGCUGGUGCUCAUCAUCGCAGACGGCAGGUUCCACGAAAAGGAGAGCCUGCGUCGCAUUGUGCGUGCGGCAGCGGACAAGCCGGGCGUGCUGUACGCAUUCAUCGUGCUGGACAACCCCGCCGCGGCCGCUACCGCCAGCGCCGGCGUCUCUGGCUCGAUCCUGGACAUGCAGACUGUGAGCUUUGUGGGCGGCAAGCCCGUUUUUGCGCGCUACAUGGACUCCUUCCCCUUCCCGUUCUACAUCGUGCUGCGCGACACAGCCGCGCUGCCGCGCACGCUGGCCGACCUCAUGCGCCAGUGGUUUGAGCUGAGCAGCCACGGCAACGGCUGA